UUUUAAUAUUGAAAUUUCAGUUCUCUCGCACAAAAAGAUUAUUAGACGGGGGGAUAUCAUUUAAAAAAUGAAAGAAAUAAAAUUUCAAUACAUAUAUAUUGUAUUUAAAAUUUACAAACUUUGAAGUUAUCUUAAACACUUUUACAUUAUCAACUUUUCACGUUUCGUUAGAAAGUAUAUAUCUUACAAAAAAAACUGGAAACAAAUAUAUCCUUACCCCCGUCAAAAGUGUACUUAGUUGCCAUAGAUUUAAAAAACACAUCUGAAAUGUGAGCAAGAAAAAAAAAAGAGAAUUUAAAAUGAAGAAAACAUAAAAACAUUAAAUCAGUUUAGCUAAGAAUAUUUUGCAAUCAAGUAGUUGGAAGUAACGAGUGCACGAAACUGGUGGAGACGAAGAGUUUUCUUUCGCACUUAUCUCACUAACUGUGGUGUUUAACUGAUUUAACGGGGUACUGAUGCGGUUUAUUUAACACCAUUGUUUGCUGUUAAUAAUGACUUGCCAAAAUGGAAUUCAUAUACCACAUACGUUUUACUUGUCCCAAUUUGAUCUAACUUACUCCUCCAGAAGAUGCAACCAAUCAUCUUGCUUACAGUUGCAUCAAUGCAGGUGUAUUAAAUGUAGUAAUCAAUGUCGGUACACACGUCAACACAACAAAUCCAUGGUUAAGAUUAAGCCGCCAAAUACGCAGCCAGGCGAUUGGAAAUUGAAGGUUACUUCUUCUAAUAUGGAUGGACAAAUCAUACGCGCAUGCGCAUUGAAUGAUAAUACAAUAGAAAGGAAAGACGUACAAAUUACACCUAAUUUCAAAAGCUGUGACAGAAGCGAAUCCACGUAUAAUCAUGAAUUGUUGUGUCAAUACUCACCAACCUUUGCAAACACUACGAAGGAGUUUUUAAAGCUGUCUUGCACUCCGCAGGAUUGUUUUAAAGCUGAUAUAAAACAGGUGGGGUCAUCACCAGUAUUUGAUUCAAACAUUCAUCGACACAACGUUGACUCUCUGUUAUCUUCAUUUUCCUCGUUAUGGAAGCCAGGAGCGCGUUUUGGAAAAAGUAGCAGUGAAGGAGAACACUCUUCAUCAUCGAAACGAGAAGGGCGUUUCAGAACAGGAAGCAGCAGUUGUGAAGGAGAACACUCUUCACUGCCGAAACGAGAUAGGCGUUUUGAAACAAGAAGCGGCAGUUAUGAAGGAGAACACUCUCCAUUGCCGAAACGAGAUAGGCAUUUUGAAACAAGAAGCGGCAGUGGUGAAGAAAAACACUCUCCAUUCCUUAAACAAAGUAUACCCUUCCAGAAAAGCACCAGCAACUUUGAUGCCGAAAUUUCGAAAUUUUCUAAACCAGGGUUUACUUUGGACAAUUUAAUCAACACACCCAUACAUCCCAACUCGAAUUCUUCUCCCAUAAAGUCACACUUUCUAAAACUUGCUAAUCAAAACAUUCCUGGUGACGAACCUGUUUGCUAUCACAAAGUAAGAGAUGAAUGCAGAAAAUAUUUAGAACAGAUGUUAACCACACCAGAUCGAAGAAUGGUUGAAGCGGUAUAUUUUGAUGCUUUGGAACGUUUGAAUAACUUUUCUUCUGCCUUGUUGGAAGGAAAAUGCAAAGAUAGCAAACAUGACGCGAAUUUUAGAUUUUUGACAAAUGGAGCUAUUGAUAAUAAAGAAACUUCAAUAGGUUUGCUAAAUUUUAAUGACAAAUUUCUUCAAUCUAACAAUGAAUCAAUGAAAGAGUCUUGUUCCUUGCAGCUUAAUUUCGACAGGCAAAAGAUGAAACGUUAUUUAGAGAUGUUAAAACAUUUAAAAAAUGAACUCAAGGAGUUAGAAAAAGUAAGACAAAGUCUUCGUCAUGAAUUAUCUUAUGAAAGUAAAUCAAUGUCUAAAAGACAUAACUUAAAUCAUCGUUACUUUCAGACGUUGGAUGAACUAAAUCAAACAAAAAUACGGAUGAAAAAUUUAAAGAAGUAUUUGGAAAGUAAUAUUAUUAACCUGCCUACAGGUCAAAUAUCAAAAAAUUAUACUAAUGAAAUGUCGGACCAAAAAAUGGCACCAAAACAUCGACCCCUUGAUUUGUCAUUCUCAGUGAUGGACAUUGCUAGAGAUGACAAGCAGACAAAAAGAAACGGAAGUGUAGUGUGUCAUCCAUCUUUUCAUUUGAGUGAACCAUCAUCAUUCACAAAUAUUACAUCACUAGAUGACCAUGUCUGUCUGUCGACAACUCAUUCUUUGGUGGAAAAAGAAAGAAAAAAAGAAGAACGACCUUCUAUUUUUAGAGAAAAGCGCGGCAAGCAGUUACUCAUGGUCAAUUUUCCUGUGGAAAGGCAACGAAAGGAAGAAGAACUCAGUGAAGACAAUGAUACAGAUAGUUUUGAAAGAAAUGAAGAACUGUGCAAUAAAGAUAUGCAAGAUACAGAAGAUAAAGACAGCAUUAAUGAAUUUGAAAGUGGCGAUGAGUUUAUCCAGUCACAAGAUAUUGUAAACUUCUCGGAAGUUGAAAGCUCUCCCCACUUAAAAAGUGAUUUCGAAAAUUCUGAGCAUUUAGAAUCAAAAAAUGAUGCAACAAAAGAGGGUAAAAGUACAUUGAGACCACAUCGAAUUGCUAAAGGUGAAGAAUCUCGAGGUUGUGCAAGGCCGAUAAAAGAAGAAAGGUCGUAUUGCGAACAAGUGUUCACCAAAAGGACAUCUCUCAAUGAAAAGACUAACAUUCAAGAAAAUCAUCAUAGAGAAAAUAAUUACCUUAAGAAAGAAAACACCAACAAAAAAUGUGACAAAAAUUAUAGGAAUGCUACAGAUAAGUUUUCGUUCCGCAUAAACAAGGUAAAACGAGUUACAAACAUUAAAAGUGAAUUUCUAGAAAAUGCAAACUACCCUUUGGAAUGUCGAGUGAACAACAAAAUCGUAGAAAAGAACAAUAGCGAUAUUGAAAAAUCAAUUCGCCAAAACAAGAUACAAACAUAUAAGGAGUUUUGUGCAGACGAAGUUAAUAAAAUCAAUGAUACAGAUAGCUUUGAAAACAAUGAAGAACUGUGCAAUGAAGACAUGCAAGAUACAGAAGAUAAAGACAGCAUGAAAGAAUUGAACAUUGGCGACAGACAUAUUCAGUCACAAGAUAUUGUAAACUUCUGGGAAUGUGAAAGCUCUCCCUACUCAAACAGUGAUCUCAAAAAUUCCGAGCAUUUAGAAUUAAAAUAUGAUGCAACAAAAGAGGGUAAUAGUACAUUGAGAUCAUAUGAAAUUGCUAAAGGUGUAGAAUCUCAAGGUUGUGCAAGACCGAUAAAAGAAGAAGUAUCGUAUUGCGAACAAGUGGUUACCGAAAGAACAUUUUUCAAUGGAAAGGCUAACAUUCAAGAAAAUCAUCAUAGAGAAAAUAAUUACCUUAAGAAAGAAAACACCAACAAAAAAUGUGACAAAAAUUAUAGGAAUGUUACAGAUAGGGUUUCAUUAGACAUAAACAAAGGAGGACAAGGUACAAACAAUGAAAGUGAAUUUCCAGAAAAUGCAAACCACCCUUUGAAACGUCGAGUCAGCAACAAAGCCGUAGAUAACAACAACAACAAUAUUAAAAAAUCAAGUCGCCAAAACAAGAUACAAACAUAUAAAGAGUUAUGUGCAGAUGAAGUCAAUGGAUCCGACAAUGAUUUUGUUGACAGUGAUGUGACUUUAGAGAAAGAGAAAGCAUCAAGAAUUUGCAAUAGCUUUUAUUCUGUUCCAGAAAGACGUUUAAAUUUAUUUAAUAAUAUUGAUCUUGGGAAGGACGUAAAAGAAGAAGAAGAAGGUGAAGAUGAUUUGACUGAAGCUGAAAAAAGAGGCGGUAAAACGUCAAACACACGGACUGAUGUAUUAAAACAGACAGUAAGAAAUAGCUGUAAAGAACAAAGCCCGCGAAAGAAGGAUAUUUUAUAUAAGCAACAAAUAUCCGAAACUGAUCCAACAGAAUAUUAUCACAAAUUAGUUCAUCAAAAAGAAAUUCCUUCUUCUUCUGAUAGUCAUCACGUACCUACGCGAACAACAUCUUCAAAUUCUGAUAUCUCUUCUCCAGUUGGCAAACUGAGACACACUUAUGAUAACGACUUGAUAAAGAAAAAUGUACCAGCUAUAGAGGUUUAUGAACUGAUAAAUUUACGUGAGAACAAAGCAAACCUGCGUGUUGAUACAAAAGCGGAUUGUACUGGAUCAGACGAUAGUGAUAAUGAAUAUACACAAGACGUAAGAAACAAUCGUGGAAUUUAUUUUAGGGAUAAUAGUAACAAGUUAAAAGAUACUUAUCAAGUGUAUGGUAGCCAAUCAUUUACGAAAGCGCCUGUGACAGAAACAUAUAAUCAAAUGUUCCUACAAGACAAUGAAAGUAUGCCUUCAAGUGUGUUAAAUAUGGAAUCGCUAUCAACAAAUGGAAUUAAAAAAAUGGAUAAUAUUGUUAUUAAAAGCGAUGAAGAAUAUUUUAAUGAAGGAAUUGAUGUGGUAGAUUCUAAAGAGAAAGUUUGCCAUGAACAAAAACAAAUGAAUCAAUGUGAAUUUGAAGACAAGAGGGCAAUAUCUUUUGACCCGAACGAUGACGUAAGCGAUGCUAGCACGCGCAGCUAUUCUGAAGCCUUCAAGGAUUUUGAUUCUUCUGAGAGAUUCAGUGAAGAAGACGAUUUUACAAGUGAUAAAUAUCGUCCUGAAAAGAGUUAUGUACUUCCCUUGAAUCAUACUCACAAAAAUAAUAGUUCGGAUGAAAAGAAUGAAAGUGAACCCAUAAGAAAAGAGAUACGAGCCCAAAAUGACGUUGGAGUUGACAGAGAAAGCGAAGGUGGACAUGUUUUCUGGAUCAACGAAGAGAUGAAAGACAAUGAUGACGCAAUGCCAAUAAGUCAAGGUGGACAGACAGAUGACCAUUACAAACGUCACUUUACAACUAGAAAUGCUCAAAAUAAUUUGCCAUCCUGCGAAUCUGAUCAUUUUUUUGCUAUUCAUAAUUCAAAAUGUAUUACUUCUCCUCAUGUUCUUAACAAUUCGACCAAUGUCGAAAAAAUUAGGUCUAACAUAGCAACGCAAACAUCUAGUCAUCGCAAAUCAUAUAAAGACAAAGGAGUUAACGUCGCCACUGAAGAAUUAUUCCAACCAAUACCUUCUACUUCAAUUCGACACUCAAUAGAAACUAAUGGCGAAAGUAGAAUACAUAAAACAGAAGCAGAGGGAUACAAAAACAAAUUACUAUGUGAAAAAGAUGUUUUAAGUACUUCAGAGAGCAAGGAGAAAGGCAAGUGUUUACCAAUCAAGCAAGAUACAGCGACUCAAACUACACCUAUUGCGGCAUGUGUGAAAAUGUCUGACGACAGUGACAUUCCAAUUGGUGAUAUAUCAAGCGGGGUAGAUAAUAUAAAAAACUUUAACAAUAAGGCAAAAACUGAAAGAAGAAGAAAUAGGACAAAGUGUGGCUCGAAAGAAGUCGCCGUACAGACGCUGCAACAAGUUAGCGAAAUAGAUAAAUUUGAAAGUGCUGAUGUUUUAUUCAAACAUAGUACAACAAUGGAUAUAUUUCAUAGUAAUGUCGAUUCUAUUCUGGACACGAGACUAUCUACAUUAACUUGCAAUCUGCAUGAUUUAAAUCACUCUUUCAGCUCUUUGUUACGUAUAGCGCAAGGUAGUAGUACCAGUGAAAAAGAAGGAAAUGAUUAUGGAAAUGUUCAAAGACAAUUUAUUGCUCAUGAUGAAAAAGAUAAUGACCCAUUCCAGCAGCAGUACAGCAGUAAAGAAUCACAUCAUACGUAUCUCUUGCUAAAUCAUUACAGUGACGAAAUUGUACAAAAAGUAAUCAGUGCCGUGUUUAUGGAAGCAAAGUUUAGUGUUUCUUUGAUGCAAGACAAUUGUAUGCCUUUUAAUUGUGGCGAUGUCUUCACAAUGGCGUCAGAUAGAAUUGGUCAAAAAGUAGGGGAUGAUGUCACCAAGAGAUUUACGUCGACAAAGUGGCAUAGGCUAGAGAAGAGAAAGAAGAAGAUAUUUAUCCAGAAACAAUUGACAGCAAGUUCAUUGACUUGUGACCAGGGAAAUUCCACAGCAACAGCUACUGGAAAGAAUAUGUCAAUUAAUAAAAAGCAGUAUUCCCGUGAAAGAAAGGAUACUAAAUUACUGUCAAAAAUGCAUACCACAAAUGGCAUUAAAAAUUGUUACAGAAAGGAAAGGAAUGAUAUUACUGAUUUUCAAAAUGGUGUUCAGAAAUGUAACAGUGAUGAAGAAUAUGAAAUGGCUUUUGGCUUUCCUGAAUGUAAAGACGAAUUAAAAACAGCAAUAUUGACUGUAAAAUGCAAUGAAGAUGGUGACAUUGUCAAUCCAAAAGGAAAGAAAAGGAGUGUGGGUGUUAAUGAUGAUUUAUCAAUUCGUCAGGAGUUUGAUGUCUUGUUUGGGAAUUCCAAUAUCAAUGUUUUACAGACAAAAAACAGUGCCUUUCCUGUUACUAAAACAGAUAACCGCAUGGAAGCACUAAGUUUUGAUGAUGAUUUUACUCCUGAACCAUCUUAUGUAAGAGAGCAAACAUCUGCUGGAAAAAUAACACACACGCGAUCUUCUCACUUCUACAUUGACCUGAACAGCACAACUGAUUCAGGUUUUGAAACAAUGGAAAACUUUGAAGACUUCAUGGAACAAGUAUCUUGUGUUAAAGAGCACAGGAAGAUUUACCCAUUAAUUCAGCAUAAUAAAGUCUUGAAGUUUGGAGCAAUGGAAAGUUGUGAUUUUACUACAAAUGAGAUACAGUAUCCUUUAGUUACAACUGGUGAGGUUGUGAGAACAGCUAAGUUAAUGAGAUGUAUAUCCAUAGAUAAUGAUGGCAGGGAUGUUUCACGAGACAAUAAUAAAAGGUUUGUUAAAGUCGAGAAAAUAAUCAAUGUUUCCAAUGAAGUUAAAAGGAUUCAAGGGAAAGCAAAAGAAGCAAAGAGGAGAAGCAGGGAGAAAGCUAAAAUCAAAGACGGAAUCUUUAAAGAAGAGAAUGACGAAAGGAAAAUCUUUGAUGAAUCCAAAAAGAAGAAAGAAGAAGUAGAAAACAACAACAAAAGUAUAAAAUUAAGAAAAAGAAAAAGUAAAAAGUACCGCAUACAAAAACCAAGCAAUGAAUAUUUAUCAACAGAUUCAACUGGUGCUAACAAAAAUAAAGAAGAAAUCUAUGAAGGGAAUUUGAAUGAAGGCGACGGAGAUAAGGAUUGGAUCUUUGCUGACGACAGCAACACUCAAAAUAAUAAUAUAGAUAAAGUAAAUUGGAAUAACAAGUUUGCAACAAUUUCUCCAAUUAAAAGCUGUGUCAACAUGUCAACAACAGAGGACGUGUCACUUGUUACUUUGUCGCUUGAAAACGGACAAACAAAUUUAGAUGAAAUUAUACUCCCAAAUAGUGUCUUUAAAGCUGAUGGGAUGUGCGAAAGAGUUGAUGGUAACGGAUUUUAUGAUGAUGCAUACCAAGAAAAUGGUACAGGUGAUAAGAGAACGUUUAUUUUGUAUGAAGGUAAUGACAUGCAUUUCAAUGUUGAAUCUAAUUCUGCCGAAAUGUUACCAUUUGAUUGUAAAUUUGGUAAGGUAGCUCAAUCAAACACCUUUAAUGGAGGUACAGAUAAUAAAAUUGCUUCAUUAAUUAAAAAUGCGAAUGAAGUUACACAUAAAACAGGCAAUGAUCAAGAUUAUAUAGAAAGGCCCAGCAUAUUAGGAUCUUCUCCAACUAUUUCUGAUUACAUUUCCUAUCCUGAACAACAUUAUUUAAAUGGUGCAUCAGUCAGCGACCAGAAAUCUGGUCUACCAUUGGCAAUCAAUAAUUCAGGAAAAGAUACACAAAAGGCUCUCACUAAAACGUUAGCAGAAGGAAACCAAUUUAUCGAAAAAAUGUCUUAUCCACUGUCACUAAGGUGUAAUAACAGCAGACAAGAUGCUAUUGCUAACACUUCAAAAGAAAAAAGCCAAGAAAACACAGACGCUUCAAACAUCAACAACACUCCAUUACAGAUUAUGAGCGUUCAACCAAACGCUUCACCCAUUAAUUCACAUUCUAAACAUUGGAAGAAAGCAACACCUAAACACAAGAAAGUUUCAAAUGAUCAUGGCGAAGGUAGUAUCCUUAAGAAUAAAAACAAAUUUAAACGAUGGGAUUCCACAGAAUUUGAAGGUAUUAUGCGAGAUAUUAAUAUUACAGAUGAAGAAGAACUCUUUCCAAUGGUCCAAAGUGAUGAUAUAAAACCACAAAAAAGCAUUUCGCAUAAUUUGUUGUUUACAAGUUUAAAAGAAAAAGGCGAUAUGUUCCAUCAUUAUGUAGAUGAAGAAAAUGGUUUACCUAAUGGCAGUGAUAUAUCUCAAGUAAACACUACUUUAGAUGGGAAAAUGCACGAUUUACUGAUAAAUGCACAAGGUAAUUCGCUAGAUGAUAUUGAAAGGAAUUCUGGUAAAUAUGUAAACACUAUAUACAUGAAAUCAAAUGCCAGUUCUUUAGAUGACAAAUGUAUUAAUUCAAAUAAGGACAUCAACCUUAUAGAAGAAUUUCCUACAAAUUCUACAAACCAAGUUUCCGAAUCUGAAAAUCAGAUUACUGCCUCUUUUUCUGACUUAAUCUUUAUGGAUCAAUCAUGGGGAGGCUCAAAUGACACAAGUAAAGCUCGGCCGAACUUAAUAUCAAAAGAAGUUUUGAUACUUUCGAAAAUGAGUUUGAAAAACACUGCAGAAGAUUAUUUAAACUGCUAUCCGGAAGAAAAUCGUUUUGGUAAUAUGAAAAGCACAUACCCUCAUAUGAAUUAUUCCAACCAUGUGAAGGUAACUGACGAUUAUGACGCCACGAUAAUUAUUGACAAUGGCUCUGGUGGUAUAAAAGCAGGACUUUCAACUGAAGAUCUUCCAAGCAUAACCCCGUCUAUUAUUGGUACACCCAAUUAUCAAAAAGUAUUUCCAACAGAAGUUGAUCAAGAUUGUUGGCUUGGAUGGGAAGCCAAUCGAUUAAGAGGAAUACUUAAGUUAAAGUAUCCGAUUGAGUAUGGCAUUGUAGAGGACUGGGAAGGAAUGGAAAAGUUGUGGAAUCACGUUUUUGAUUCAGUUUUACGAGUUGAUCCAUCCGAAUAUCCGGUAUUUUUGACAGAGCCUCCAUGUAAUUCAAAGAAGAACAGAGAAAAAAUGUUGGAAAUUAUGAUGGAGACGUAUGACGUACCGGCAUAUUAUGUCGGUAUUCAAGCCGUCAUGUCGCUCUAUAGUGCCGGUAGAAUGACAGGAGUUGUCCUUGACAGUGGCGACAGUGUGACCAAUGCUGUUCCAGUUUAUGAAGGAUAUGGCCUACCACACGCAGUUAAAAAGAUAAACAUCGGUGGAAGAAAUAUGACAGAUCAUUUAAGGAUGAUUUUAUCGGAAAAGGGAAUCCCUUUUAUAACAUCUGCAGAGUUUGAAAUUUGUCGAGAGAUUAAAGAAACAGAAUGUUUUAUCGCAACGAGUCCUGAGAUGUUUGAUGCAGUUUCGUUUCCAUCGUUUGCGAAAGCAUACGAGCUUCCCGAUGGCAACGUUAUAACUUUGGAUUCAGAAAGAAUUCGCUGUCCAGAAAUUUUAUUUCGACCUGCUUUGAUAGGUGAAGAUUUACCUGGAGCUCAUGAACUUGUUUAUCAGAGCAUAAUUAACACAGAUAUCGACCUCAGAACAGAACUUUUUCGAAAUAUUGUUCUAUCCGGUGGGGCAACACUUUUCCCUGGAAUCGAAGAAAGAUUGAAAAAUGAACUUAUGGUAUGCAGCACUGUAAAUAAGAAAAACUUAAUUAAAAUACACUCUACGAAGGAGAGGAAAUUCUCUGUGUGGAAGGGAGCUUCCAUAUUAUCCUCGUUGUCAACGUUUCAAGAUAUGCUGAUCACCAACGAAGAUUAUUUCGAAGUAGGAAAAAGUAUCGUUCACAUUAAAUGUUUUUAAGUAUUUAUUUAUAUCUAUAUAAAUAUGUAAAUGUAUUAAAAUGGUAUUAAACAAGAAAGUUUUUAAUGUAAAGUAUUCCAGGGUAAUCCGCCAUAACGCCACGUUGAGUGUUUACGUGCAUAUAAACCGAGUCGUGCAUCCCACUGGAGUGCUUAGUACAGGUAUACUUUUCGCCUGACAUGUAUUAUAUUGUUACUUAAAAAGGAACUUCCCUGCAACAACAGUUCAAAUA